UCUCACUUUCUAGCCCACCUUUUCUCUUCUAUAAAUCACAUCCCUUCCCCUAUCUCCAAAACCUCCUUCAUUUUCUCUUCUUUCCUGCGACACCCACAGAGAAACACAUACCUAGAUUACUAAUUUCAAUCCCGUUAAUCCUCCUUUCUUUCCUUAAGAUCCCCCCUCAUUUCUCUAAUCCAUCUGCUCAGUUGAUCAAGAUUUACAAAUAUUCACAAGUCCUUGUAUUUUGCUUCAAACAUAUGUAUAUUUAUGCUGCAAAUCUUGAUGUUUAGCAGUCAUGAAUGCAGUCAUCAGUGAAAUACUUCUCUCGGGGUUUACCAUAAAUUCUUUACUCAGGCGUAGAUCCCAUCUUGUUCAAUCUUUCUCCGUCUCUUUCCUCUACUGGUUCUAUGUUUAUGAUAUCUCUUCCUCUUAAGCUUCAAAUCUAGUCUUCUAUCUUAUCAUAACUUCAAAUCUCACAUAGUUAUUAUUAUUUUAUUAUUAUUACUGGUCCUUUUUUAUUUUAUCGCAACAAUACUUUUGAGCCCUCCUCAGGUUAAUUAGCAUGGCUUCUUCUGGUGGGAAUUCAUCAGGUUCGAAUCAAAAGCUUCAAAACUCAGGGUCCGAAGGGGACCUGAUGGACCAGAGAAAACGCAAGCGAAUGCAGUCGAAUCGCGAAUCAGCGAGACGAUCCAGGCAGCGCAAACAGAACCAUCUCGAUGAACUGAUGGCCCAGGUAGCCCAGCUCCGAAAAGAGAACAGUCAGAUCACCACAACCACCAACAUGACCACCCAACAAUACGCCAAAGUUGAAGCUGAGAAUUCUGUCCUGAGGGCUCAGAUGGAUGAGCUGAGCCAGAGACUCCAGUCCCUGAACGAGAUUCUUGAUUACAUCAAUUCUACAGCAGCAGCCAGUACUUCAGCAGGCUUUGAUGGGGCGUUUGAGAUGGACCAUGUUUUUGGAGCUGAUCAGAGUAGUUACAUGAAUCAUAAUUCCUGGAAUAUGAUGUACCCUAACCAACCAAUCAUGGCUGAUAUGUUUAUGUACUAAUUAUAGUAGUAUGUAAUGUAAGAAAAAUAAUGGAUGCUAUCAUGGUAACUUGUAAUAAGACAUUCAACAACUUGAGUUUGUUGAAUGUCACUUUUCUCUUGUAUUGAUUGAUCAUGUAUGAAAUAUUAUAAUAAUGUUGUGUUGGUUA